AUGAAGAUUGCCCUUGCGAUCCUGAUUAUAACGACGACAGUACUUUGUCAACAAGGUGGAUGGAAUGGUCUUCACAAAAAUAUUGGCCAUGGCGGAAGAAACGGUCCGCAUGGCAUGAUGCCACCGCCAUCCUUCUUGCAGGGUGCGAGCCAGGAUGCGCAACGAGAAUUUUUUGCAAUCUCCAGCAACACGGGAUUGACGAUUGCUCAGCAGAAGCAAGAAGUUCAGAAAUGGGCACAAAAAUAUGGGCUGGUGGAACAAGUGAGAGAUUUUGACGAGAAAACGGACAGAAUGAGAAGCAUCGUGAACGAAAAUGUCAGAAAACUUCUCGCUGAGCUUCCAUUUGCAGUGGAGAGAGUUUCUGCUAUUAUGGCAAACAAAGAUCAAACUGUUCCUCAGCUACAUUCUGCUGUAAAGGCGCUUAACGACGAGAAUCCUAAGCUCUAUCAAGUGGUAGGAUUCAUGAUGCAGCAGUCCAUGCCAUGGCAUCAAGCACACGGUGGACCGACACCGGCACCAAGUGGGACCCCUGGGGUUGGAAUGCCACAGCAACAAAGAAACUUUCACGGAUUUGAGAACAAGAACAACUUUGGCCAAGGAACACCUCAUUCGUUCGUAGACACAAACGUCGACUUCCAGGGAUUUCAGCGAACUCAUAACCGCUUUGGUUUUUUUGGGAAUAGAAACGGAAUGCAGCAGGCUCAAUGGGCAAGCGGCAAUCAAUUCCGGCAUUUUUAA